CAUUUCCUUCCCUGCAUCAAAUCCCGUAGUCUAAUAAUUAAGACGCCAGUCUAAGAGAGAAGGAAGAAGUACGUGCAAUUUAUACCCUUCAUUUUCCCCUCGACCUACAAAUUAAUCCAAGCUUGAGAUCAAUGGAGGGAUCAAGCUCCACUCAAUUCUCUUCUCUAUUCUUCAGCUGUGACCCAGCUGUUUCAGAAGAGAAGCCUCACUAUUUUCUCGACUCCUGCUUCCUUUGUAAGACCCCUCUUCAUGUCGGCGACGAGCUGUUCAUGUACAAAGGAGACGCCCCAUUUUGCAGCGAAGAGUGCAGGCAACAGCAGAUUGAAAUCGAUGACGCGAAAGGGAGGAGGAAGAUGAAGAUGUCGAAGAAAUUGAAAUCUAAGGUUGGAGAUGAUAGCAACAAUUCUACUGCUAAACCUAAUGAGGUCUAUUUGAGGCAAGCUGAUACGGCGGUCGCCGUGUAGUAGAGUGGCUGAUCGGAGAUGAGCGCGAAAGCCGAGGGAAAUUUGUAUUUUUAUUUUUUUAAAUUUCGUUUCAUUUUUUGGCUGGCUUUUCCCCCCUCUCCCUCUAACACGGGAGAGAUUUUCGGAUGUAAAUGAGUUUGUUUUUAAGUUUUUUUAAAAGAUAAAUUUAGUUCGUAAAUCUGUUUAUUAA